GACCAGGUGAAAUAAUAUCUUGGUAUAAACAUUUCUGGAUGUGGUUGGACUGUCUGGACAAAUGCAGAUUUCUCUGGCACCACCUCAGUGGUUCCUUUGCUUGGACAAUUUACAGAUUCGAAAAGAGUUCAGCUGAUCCGGCAAAAAGAAACGAUCAAUUUUUUUUGUGUGACUUGAGUCAGAAAUAGGGAAGUGCCGUUCUUCCGUGUUGAAGUUGGACACAAGGCAGGUUUUCCGUAUUGUUCUGUGAGCAAGGGGCCCUACAGAGUCACCCCGUCCGCUUGGAUUUCAAAGGAAAUAGGUGGGAAGUUACAAUCGAAGAGAAUGGGGAUGUGUCGGAAACUAUUCUCCCUCGUCGAGAUCCUUGUAGGUUUGCACCAGAUCGCCGGUGCCUUCUAUGACACUGCUCUAUUGAUGCUGGUCCAGGAACGUUCCGGUCCCAACUCCACAACAACUGGAAGCCGAGACCAGCAGCAAGCCGCAAUCUCUCAGUUCUACAUGGUCUAUAACCUCCUGUUAAGUCUGAGCCCUCUGUUGUUCACUUUCUUCCUGGCCAAAUUGGGAGAUCAAAAGUCCAGGAAGAUCACCAUUUGGGUGCCCCUGGUAGGAUACCUGGUGUCCAGGUCUCUGCUGCUCUUUGUGAUCCUCUUUGACCUCCCCUUGCAGGUGAUGUUUGCUACUGCUCUCCUGAAUGGUCUGAGCGGGGGGUUUACUGCUUUCUGGCCUGGGGUCAUGGCCUUAGCCUCAGACACUUCCUCACCAGAGAAGAGAUCUAUCAGACUUAGUAGAGUUGAGCUGACCUAUGGAUUGGCAGGAAUGAUUGGCAGUAUUGCAUCCGGCCACCUCUUUAUCCGUUUGAACAUGUUGCAUGCCCAAGGUGCUGGUCUGAUGGCCUGCAGUUGCCUUUUUUAUGCUCUAAGCUUAAUUUACAGCAUCUUCGGGCUAAAGUCCACGCAAAUGGGAGCUGGUAGCUACGGCAGCCCGUUAGAUCAAGAGGAGCAGGAAAAUAAUGUUCAGAGUCCUCGAAAUACAGCUUGGAAUCGAUGUCAAGAUGAAAGAUCAAUGUUAUUGCCUGAUCAGAACAAUGCAAGGAUUCAGGGUAUUCUUGGAGGUAACAUGUCCAUGGAUAAAGUCACACUCACACUGCUGUUCACGGCUGGAGUUUUGUAUGGUUUGGGUGUGACCGGUGGAGUGGAUGUGCUAUCGAUAUUUGUACUGAAGGACCCUUUGAAUUGGAAUGCUAUCUGGGUUGGUUACGGCAAUGCAAUGGGGUAUGCUAUCUUCCUCACCAGCUUCCUCGGAGUUUGCAUUCUUUCCAAAUAUUUGAAGGAUACUUCUUUGAUUGUGACAGGAAUGCUGUCAUUUUCCAUCGGGAUACUGAUCAUGGCCUUCACAAAAUGGACCUUUCUUUAUUUUAUUGCUCGAGCUGUGAUGAUGUUUGCCCUUAUUCCUCUGCCUACAAUACGAUCUGUGAUUUCUAAGCAGAAAGACGACAAUUCAUACGGAAAACUGUUUGCCAUACUUGAGAUUUUGCUCACCCUGUCUGGAGUCAUUGCUUCAAUCAUAUUUCUUAAUGUUUACAAGUCAACAAAAGACUGGUACCCUUCCAUCUGUUUCAGUCUGUCUUCUGUCAUCAGUUGCCUGGCAAUUAUUCCCAUGAUCUUUGUGGAACGCAGACUGUCCAAUUUUCCAUAAUAGUGGGAUGAAACCCAGACAUGACUUGCGAAGAAGGGAGCAUAUACAUACAUCAAUUGUUUCGGUAUAUUUGAGUGACAGGUACAGAAUCUCAAGCCAAAAAAAAUCUUGCCGUGUAUUGCACAGGAUGAGACCAGGGAGCAUAAAAAGUUCUAGUUCAAUUGCUCCCUUCAAGAUGCCACUUCACUGUUCACUAGCCCUGUGCCAAAAUGCCUGAAAUAAUUUUAUCACCUCCCAACGCUAACAGAGUGUAAUCUGUGAUGAUACUAUGACUUAAAAAAAGAAAAUACACCGUGAAGAAAGGUCACGACAGAAGCACCGAACAGUCUGCUCAAAGCCAGUAAACUGCUAGAGGCAUUCAGAUUUAUUUUUAAAUUGAAAUAAUAGAAGCAGAUGGAAUGAUGGGUCAAACUGUCAUAGAACUAGGAUUUUAAAUUCUAACGUCCGGCAUUUGCUGGGUCUCGGAACUGGAUUGUAAAGCUCUUAUUCCUUUCUUUGAUCCAGCCAACAAG